UCUGACACGUGGGUGACACAUCGAAAACCUAAAACGCGUGAUAAUAUUCGUGAAAAAUCACAGAAAUAUAGUGCGAAAGGCAGAAAAGAGUAUAAUAACAGCAAGAUGGAGAAUAUUGAAAAAAUCCUACAAGAAUUUUCAACCUCGAAAGAACUAGCUCAAGAAUUAAAUAAGUUGCAAGAUGAGGUAACCUCUCGAACGAAGAAUAAAGAAUUGAUGUACUCGCUGGCAGAGAAAGUUGCAAAAUUAAGAAAAAUAUUAAGUGAAUUGCCCGCGAGCGAAGAAGAUCAACAUGAAUUACAUGAGUUGAAUAAGAGCUGGGAGGAAAAAACCAAAAAGGUAAUAGAAUUAGCAAAUAAAAAACCGUCAGAAACUAUUACCAUAAAAGACGAAUUCUCAAUUAAAAAUGAGAAUCGGGAGGAAAUAUACAACGGUACAAUUAACGUCACAGCUAAUUAAGUUCCAGGAAUCGACACGGAAGAGCAUGAAACGAUACGUCAUCCUAAAGAGGUAAUUCAAACACCGACAUCCGAUAGUCAAGAUAUUGAAAACGAAUGGCAACAAUUAACUGGAGGACAGAGCAACAUCUAUAGCGAAUCUGAAGGUGAACAGGAACAGCAACAGGUGGAGCAGCCAUCUAAAAAGCGUAGAACCUAUAACAAGAAACAUUCAAAAAAAUUGAUGCCGUGGGAACGAUCACCUAAAAAGCAACCGACGGUCCGACAAAUUGUGUCUGGUAAUCAAAAUAAAGACACGAAAGGAAGAUUUUCAUUCGGAAAGAAAUCCGACAUACAGCCUAAGGGUCAAAACAUAAAAAAUAUUAUGCACAAGAUCAUUCCUUGUUCUAUUAGAUUGACUCGCGUGGAUUCUCCAAGCUCACAAUCGGCGAGGAGAAUGCAACCGUCCGCUAAUAUAGCGACGAUUGCAUCGGAAGAUCUUGUGCAGAACAUUGAGACAGAAACGGAGCAGCCAGAGCAGCCGACUGAGGUUGCAGAGAUGAUCGUGGAGGAGUGGCCAACGGAUAUCGCGGGAGAAGAGGUUAUUGAAAACUCGGAAAAUAGUUACCGAGCUCCAUAUUCACCGAUGUCCGAGGAUGGGAUAGCAGCAGAACUCCAGAGACAGCUGGGGGAAGCGGAACAGGAUGCAGCCUACGAGGAGUUUGAUCCUGCCCAAGAUGGUCCACCGUAGAUCAACGGCAAAGCGCUGUAAAAAGAAAGAACAUUAUCGUUUGACAUGCUAAUAAGCAAAAGAUAUAGUUAUUUUUAUAAAUAGAUAAUAUAUGUAUGUAACACAUAGCG